AAGAAAAACAACCUUCCUCUUCGUCUUAACAGGCGUUACAAAACAAGCUGAGCUCGCAGCCCCGGCUUCUCUGAUGCUUCGCAGCGAAUGGGGUUUGAUCAGUUCUGUAGCGUGGACAGGUCCGAUCCCCUGUGGGAUUGGAACCGUACGUGGCACACCGAUAAUCCUGACUUCACCCAGUGUUUCCAGAACACUGUCUUGGUGUGGCUGCCAUGCUUCUACCUUUGGCUAUGUGCACCCUUCUACGUCGUCUACCUUCAUACCCAUGACCAUGGAUAUAUAUGUAUGAAUCACCUCAACAAAGCCAAAGCUGCUGUUGGCUUUUUACUUUGGAUUAUCUGCUGGUCAGAUGUCUUUUAUUCUUUCUGGGAAAGGAGUCAUGUGAGCAGCCCAGCACCUGUCCGCCUCGUCAGCCCGACCUUCCUGGGCCUCACCAUGCUGUUGGCUGUCAUGUUAAUCCACUAUGAGCGGAUGAAGGGCGCUCAGUCAUCGGGCGUGAUGCUGAUCUACUGGCUGCUGGCGCUGCUGUGUGCCACUGUCACCUUCAGGUCAAAGGUCUUCCAGGCCUUGGAGCAGCCUCAGACAGUGUGUGUGUGGAGGUACACCACCUUCUACAUCUACUACGCUCUGCUGCUGAUUGCUCUGUUCCUGUCCAGCCUGACCGACCAGCCACCCCUCUUUUCCCGGGAAGUUAAAGACUCUAAUCCGUGCCCUGAGCCUGGAGCGUCUUUCCUCUCCAGAAUAACCUUCUGGUGGAUCACCAGAUUGAUGAUGACAGGCUACAGGCGCCCACUGGAGGAGAAGGACCUGUGGUCUUUGAACGCUGAGGACUGCUCCCACAGAGUCGUCCCACAGCUGGUCAAACGCUGGAACACACAGUGCCAAAACUUUAAAAGGUCAGAGGAGAGGAUGCUGUACUCGUCCAAGCGAGCGCCCCACAGUGAAAACCCUGAGCGCCAAGCUGUGGAGGAGUCUGAGAUCUUGAUUCUGAGACCUCGAAAGAAGAAUAAAGAGCCCUCACUGCUGUGGGCCUUGUGCUUCACGUUUGGGCCCUACUUCUUCAUCUCCUGUAUCUAUAAAUUAAUCCAGGACAUCCUGAUGUUUGUUGGCCCUGAGAUCCUGCGACUGCUUAUCCAGUUUGUCAAUGAUUCCAGCGCCCCCUCCUGGCAGGGCUACUUCUACGCUGCUCUGCUCUUCGUCUGCACCUCCGUGCAGUCGCUCAUCCUGCAGAAGUACUUUCAUGUGUGCUUUGUGUCAGGCAUGCGCUUACGCACUGCAGUCAUCGGAGCCGUCUAUAGGAAGGCCUUGGUCAUCAGCAGCGCGGCACGGCGAGCCUCUACAGUGGGAGAAAUCGUCAACCUGAUGUCAGUGGAUGCGCAGCGCUUCAUGGACCUCAUCACAUACAUCAACAUGAUAUGGUCUGCUCCGCUGCAGGUGGUCCUGGCCCUCUACUUUCUUUGGCAGAACCUGGGCCCGUCUGUGCUGGCUGGAGUGGCUGUGAUGGUCCUCAUGGUUCCUGUUAAUGCUGUAAUUGCAAUGAAAACCAAAGCUUACCAGGUGGCUCAGAUGAAGAGUAAAGACAAUCGCAUUAAGCUGAUGAAUGAGAUGCUGAAUGGCAUCAAAGUGCUGAAGCUUUACGCCUGGGAGCUGGCCUUCAAAGGAAAGGUGUCAGACAUUCGUGAAAGUGAGCUGCGUGUCCUGAAAAAGGCUGCCUACCUGGGGGCGGUGUCCACCUUCACCUGGGUCUGUGCACCAUUCCUUGUGGCCCUGUCAACCUUCGCUGUGUACGUACUGAUUGAUGAACAGAACGUGCUGGACGCCCAGAAGGCCUUUGUGUCGCUGGCACUCUUCAACAUCCUGCGUUUUCCUCUCAACAUGCUGCCGAUGGUCAUUAGCAGCAUGGUGCAGGCCAGCGUGUCCCUGAAGCGACUCAGGGUGUUUCUGUCACACGAGGAGCUGCAGUUGGACAGCGUGGAGCAUAAAGCAGCAGAAGGCUCCCAGCACAGCAUCUCUGUGACCGACGGGGCUUUCACCUGGUCCAGGACCGAAGCACCAACACUCAAGAGGUGUGCCUGUGUCCUUGCCCUGCAGGGUUCUGUGGCGUACGUUCCCCAGCAGGCCUGGAUCCAGAAUUCCUCUUUAAAAGACAACAUCAUCUUUGGUCAAGAGAGGAGACAGUCCUGGUAUCAGCAUGUGGUGGAGGCAUGUGCCCUUCAGCCUGACCUUGACAUACUUCCUGCAGGAGAUGACACUGAGAUAGGAGAGAAGGGAGUGAACCUGUCAGGAGGGCAGAAGCAGCGGGUGAGCCUGGCCAGGGCCGUCUACUGCGAUCGUGCCGUCUACCUGCUGGAUGACCCACUGUCUGCUGUCGAUGCUCACGUAGGGAAACACAUCUUUGAUCAAGUCAUCGGCCCACAGGGACUGCUGAAGGACAAGACUCGUGUGCUGGUCACCCACGGCUUGAGCUACCUGCCCCAAGCUGACUUGAUCCUGGUCAUGAUGAAGGGCGAGAUCUCAGAGGUGGGCUCGUACCAGCACCUCAUGGCCACAGAGGGAGCCUUUGCAGAGUUCCUGCGAACUUACGCUGCAGUCGACAAAGCUGAUAACAGUGAGCCCGUGCCAAACAGCAGCAUCCAACGACUGGAGAACGGCAGCGUGCCCACUCUUGCUGCCAGUCCAGGUGUCUGCACUGCAUCCAAACAGUCAACCAAAGCAGACGAGGAGCUGAGCAAGAAGCCCAAGAAUCCCGAGGUGGGGAAGCUGACGGAGGCUGACAAGGCCAGCACUGGGCAGGUUAAGCUGUCUGUCUUCUGGGCCUAUUUUAAGUCCAUUGGAGUGCUUCUGUCCUGCAUCAGUCUUCUGCUGUUUCUUGCCCAUCACCUGCUCUCCCUGUUCUCCAACUACUGGCUGAGUCUGUGGACCGAUGACCCUGUGGUUAAUGGCACGCAGCCUAACAGACUCAUGAGACUGGGGGUGUAUGGUGCCUUUGGCCUGUCUCAGGGUGUGGCUGUCUUUGGAUACUCCCUGUCCAUGUCCAUUGGGGGUGUUCUGGCGUCCCGGUACCUCCACCAGUCCAUGCUGUACGAUGUCCUGCGCUCACCUAUGUCCUUUUUUGAGCGAACCCCCAGUGGUAACCUGGUCAACCGCUUUGCCAAAGAGAUGGACACCAUUGACACGCUGAUCCCCAGCAUUAUUAAGAUGUUCCUGGGCUCCAUGUUCAACGUGCUGGGCUCUUGUGUUAUCAUCCUGAUUGCCACACCUCUAGUCAGUAUCAUCAUUCCUUUCCUGGGUCUGCUCUAUUUUUUUGUGCAGAGGUUUUAUGUGGCGUCAUCUCGCCAGCUGAAGCGUCUGGAGUCGGUCAGUCGUUCCCCAAUUUACACUCACUUCAAUGAAACCCUGCUGGGCACGUCGGUUAUCCGAGCCUUCAGCGAGCAGGAGCGUUUCAUCCAUGAGAGUGACCAGCGCGUGGACCAUAACCAGAAGGCUUACUAUCCCAGCAUAGUGGCUAACAGGUGGCUGGCCAUUCGCCUGGAGUUUGUGGGAAACUGCAUUGUGUCAUUUGCUGCUUUGUUUGCUGUCGUUGCCAGACAGAGCCUCAGCCCAGGCAUCAUGGGACUGUCCAUCUCCUACGCCCUCCAGUGUGAGAGGCUGCGCAUAAGACACUGUUCUCUUCCACAGGACCCGGUGCUGUUUUCAGGCUCCUUGAGGAUGAACUUGGAUCCUUUUGACUCCUACACUGACGAGGAAGUAUGGCGGGCUUUGGAAUUCUCCCAUCUUAAGACCUUUGUGUCCAGCCUGCCCAACAAGCUUAACCACGACUGCAGUGAAGGAGGAGAGAACCUGAGUGUGGGUCAGCGGCAGCUGCUGUGCCUAGCCAGAGCUUUGCUGAGGAAGACUAGGAUCCUUGUUCUCGAUGAGGCCACGGCAGCUGUAGACAUGGAGACGGAUAACCUGAUCCAGUCCACCCUCCGCUCUCAGUUUGAGGACUGCACUGUCCUCACCAUAGCUCAUCGCCUCAACACCAUCAUGGACUACACCAGGGUUUUGGUGUUGGAGAAUGGAAAGAUGGCAGAAUUUGACUCGCCCUCCAACCUCAUCAGUCAGAGAGGUGCCUUUCACAAGAUGGCCAAGGACUCUGGACUCGUCUGAAGCCGGGGAGUGUCGUUAUGUCUCCUGCUGCAGAGAGCUGAUGUUUCCAAUGAGAGGGACACAGUCCUACGUGCCAAUGACCUUCUUCUUUGCUUUGAAACCAGCAGCAGUUUUCAUUGCACAAGGAGGCUGGGCCUACUUAGAGAAUAUCACCAGCAGCAGUGAGGGGUCUGUUUGUGUUGCCCUGACAAAGUUCAUACCACAUAUCAAGAUUACCACGUGAAUAUUAAAGCCCCCACAUUUUUAUGGUGGGAUGAAGAAGCCCGAUCUGUGGGUCUGCUUCUUUUGUCCACUGUUAAACUCCCCAACAAGAUGCUGCCAUCAUCAUUAUUACAGUAGUACACACGCGUCAUUCAUACAAGCAGUAAUCCUGGAGCUGAGGCACAGCUUGAUUGUACCCGGUGCGUGCAUGCACACUAAAGAGGAAAUGAGUUUAAAUGUAAGGAAUCAGGAAUGUUCCCGUUGGAGAGAUUUCCAGUUUAACCUUUGUAUCAGGGAAGGAUGUGGGACAUGGUGCGACCAAGCUGAUUGGUCAGAAUUACACAAAGAAAAUACAGACGCACAGCUGUUGUUGUCACUGGACUGUUACUUCUCAUUCAGCACUGACUAUUUAUUGUCUUUCAGUUACAGCUUUACAUCGUGUUGGAGGCUUCAUUCAUGUAAGAAAUGGUUUAGAGCUUAUUUUAUUUUGAUUAUUAAAACAAAGACUGUUGCUCUGUCUUUGUUAUGCAGCCAAAUCUGUCCUGCACUUUGCUUGCACUCUGUUUUCAGCGGUACGUCGCCUGAUGGGGUCAUCAGAAACAGGUCAACUAUGGGAUGUGGACAAACUGUUUGAAUCUACAUGUUGUGCGUCUUUGGAAAUGUAUAUAUCUGCCUUACACAAAUAAAAUUAGACAAUGGCAACAAAUGAACCAAAA